AACCAUUUCAUCCAACAUGCCGCCCCAACAGCAAACCAGCUCCAGGCUGCUUUCAUCUCGACGGCAGCUCCAAUCCUCUCCAGACAGUUUCUCCUCCAAAUACGGUGCCGGAAAAGCAACUCGAUCCAGGCGCAUCCUACUCCGAGACCCCAGCGGAUCCCGACGUCUGGAGCGACGACAGAUGCCCCAGGCUUCCCAAACGUCUCAGACGCCACAGACACCCCCGGACGAAACCUCCCUCACCCCCGCAGUCGUCACCAUCUCUGUCGGUCCCGGCGGCCGCCUCUUCGCAGCUCACAGAGACAUUCUCUGCCUCUCGCCAUACUUCGCCACCGUCUGCGCCCAAUCUUCAGAUUCUCCCGGCGGCUCUCGCAUCAGCCUCCCCAACGAACAGCCCGAGGUCCUCUCCUGCAUCCUCGAAUUCCUAUACAAGGGCGACUACUCCCCUCGCCUCCUCCGUAACCGACGCUACAACACCUGGGAGCUGGAAGGAUCAAGGACAGACAGCGAAGGCCAGAGCUCCGGCGCGACGAUCUUCCAUCAUGCAGCGGGGGCGGAGAUCCUCCGCGACACUGCUAUUUAUUGCUCCGCGCAAAAAUACGGCCUCGAAAACCUAAAACGCCUCGCCCUCCGUAAACAAGGCCUCCACUGCGGGAUCUCCUGCGACACCAUUCUCAACAGCGCGCGGUACGCCUACGCGCACACACCAGACGACGACUCCAAUCUGCGGGCGCAGUACCUGGCGCUGAUCAUCGGCAGCCGGUCGACCUUCAAACGAAGCGGGACGAUGCAGAUGGAGAUGGAGCGGGGUGGGAAGCUGUUCUUUGAUUUAUUUGUGGCUAUGUGUAAUCAUAUGGACGAUACAGAAGGAAGUAGGAGGUCAAGGGUCGGUUGUUGACGAGUUAAUUCAUACUCUAUGACUACGGCGAUGGACGGCGGAGCUGGAAUUAUAUGCGGGCCGUAUCUUUCCUACCCAUAAUAACUUCGGGGCUGUUGUUCUGACUUUCGGUGUGUGUACCUUGUGUUCUUUUCCCCUCGCACUGCUUGUACUAUAUCUAUAUUUAUCACUCAUCUCUCAUCUGGGCUGGAAUUUGCAAUACCCAAAUUGACACACUGCUAC